UAGAAUACUUAAUACCUAGUACCUAUUAGUUCAAUUCAGGUCGCCGUCGCCCUGAUAGCUCUCGUAGUGUGCACAUGGUGUGUGCGACAAUUUUCUUCACUGAGAAUUUGAGAAACGAAACUCCGGUGUCUUUGUCCACAUUCACAAUCGACUCGACAGUCUCGACACUCGACACGCGCGUGUAUACCCUGCAAGGGCGUAGAAAAGAGAGAAGAGAUAGAUAGAGCCCAGGCCAAGCAUAUUGAGCUUUGCACGGCUUGCCGGCUUGCUGCUGUGCCGUAGCACGCACGCGUGUGUCUUUUCGAGCGGGUGUCCUCCUUGUGCCUUCGGGCUACUCCUGAGAGAGAGUAGCCGGUACGUGUAUUUAUGUAUCAGUGAGUGCGUGUGUAAUAAUUCGGAGGAGACGACACGCAGUGAGGACAAAAGUUUCGACGACAACGACGGCUACCACAAGAAGGCGGAGGUGAGUAUGCCGCAGAAGGGAGCCCCGAGCGGCAUCACCGCCGCCGCCGGUAGCGUCCCCCUCCUGCCCCGCGCACUCGGACUCCAUCGUGGUCCACGUUUUCAUCUCUGAGGCCGUCAUCGUCACCCUUUUUGCCCUUGCCCCUAGUUUUCGGUGGUUUCGUUUUUUUCUUGGUGCUCUCUCGCGGGUGGUCCCGUUCGUCCACGUAAGUUACUACCGGGUUGUGUGUAUUAUAAAACAGCAUUACCAAAAAGAAGAAACGAGCAAGAGAAAAUACAACGUCGACGACAUAACCGCGAAUACACACACAUGCGCACGCGCGUGUAAUUACAAUUUUUGCAAUGAAAUUUCGCCCAGUGUUAAAUAGAUAAAUCUAAUGUGUCUUGUUGUCGUGAUGUCGUGAUACUCGUGAUCCUGUCUUAUGUACGUGCACGUAUACGUGAAUUCCUGUGGGCACCAAGGAGACAAAGCUGUCGGGCUGUACUUGUAGCUGCCAAGCCGAAAAAACCGGAUGUAAGGUAAGAUAGGCCAAGGGGUUGCCUAUCAGUGUUUCAUCGCUCGAAGGUGACUGAAAAGCCAGGAACUGUGGCUAGUUCAAAUAAGCUGACAAAAACGUCAGACGAGAUGCCUGCAGUGAGCGUGUGCGACCCACUGGCCAGGGCUAUGCACCACAACCUGGACGUAGCCGGUCAGUCUAAAUCGUCAGAUGACCUGAACAUCACUGGCCUGACAGGAGGUGCCUCGCGCAUACUGUGCUCCGAGCUUGACUAUGAAGAGACCGAUAACUAUAGGCAGACCGUCCAAGACCACCUGAAAAACAAGUACAUAGUCCUCAGUCUGCCCAAGCAGGAGAACAGCUCCUCUGGGGACAAGACGACGACAACGGACGUCGGAGCUGGCAGUAGCAGCAGCGGUGGUACGAAGACGACUGGUUCAGCCAAGGAGCCGAGGCUACCUGAGCCAAAGGUCGUGCUCUAUGCGCCCGAUAGAAUCAGCCUUGGCUGGGCCAAGGACUUCCCCGUCGGUGCGGGCAUGUUAAACGUUGGCAACACGUGUUACCUCAACAGCACGCUACAAGCCCUCUUUCACGUGCCUGCCCUCGUCAAUUGGCUCCUAACCGACACUCAUCAUAAAAGCAAGUGCAGCGAAGGAAUCGACAGACAUCGUUUUAUUUCAGAUGGAGCUGGUGAGUGCCUUACGUGUGCAGUGGCAAAGACUCUAACUGCCAGUCAUCAAAAGUCUGGCGAAGUAAUCAGGCCUUUUCUCGUUUAUGAUAAACUUAAAAUUAUUUGUCGAACAUUGGUACACGGACAGCAAGAAGAUGCCCACGAAUUUUUACGAUAUCUUUUAGAAGGCAUGGAAAAGGCUUACUUGUCGAGACACAAGGCCACUAAAUUAGAUAGUUAUUCGAAAGAAACUACUCCUAUUAAUCAAAUUUUCGGAGGCUAUAUUAGAACCGAAGUCAAAUGCCUUCAGUGCGGACACAUUUCUACUACUUUUCAACAUUUUCAGGAUCUUCUGUUGGAUAUUCGAAAAGCCAACACUAUCGACGAAGCCCUCGCUGGUUACUUCGGUCGGGAAAUGCUCGACAACAACGACUACAAAUGCGAAUCGUGCAAGCGGCGCGUACCUGCCUGCAAGCAGUUCACCCUCGAGCGACCGCCGAAAGUGUUGUGUUUACAGCUGAAGCGUUUUAGCGUAAUGGGGGGAAAGAUUUCGCGUCACGUAAGUUUCAAGCAGACCAUCGACAUGGGUCCUCACAUAAGGCGUAAACCGGGUGAGCCCAUAAGCAAGGUCAUCUACAAGCUCACCUCGAUGGUCACUCACAUGGGUCCUUCUGUCAAUUGUGGACACUACACUGCCAUUGCACAAGUGUCCUCGGGCAAAUUUUUCUCUUUCGAUGAUUCUAGCGUUCGCCAAGUUAGCCUGAAUAGUGUGACGAGCACCAACGCUUACAUAAUGAUCUUCGAGAUGGAGCCGUCCUCCAUCGCGAACGGCCAAGCCCUAAACAGUCAGUUGAGCAGCUCGAAAGGCGAGAUAUCGCUAUCAAAAUCGCCGUCGUCAAGUCUGUCGUCCUACUCGCACUCAAACGGCGUGUCGAGUAGCAAGCUGCUGGAUCACGGCUCCGGCAGUUUAAGCAGAGCUCUGACCCCGUCAAGAAACGGCGAGGGCAGUUCCUCGUCGUCGUUAUCGGCAUCCACGAGAUUAGCGCUCAGCUCUAGGCCCCUAUCGUCGUACACGUCGUCUUAUGGUUCUCGCUCGCUCACGCGGGAUAGCAGCUUAAACAGAAUUACCUCAACGCCACCUUCACCUCCACUGACGUCUCUAUCGCACCUCACAUUGCCGCUCAGUAGCAGCGUGAGGCGCAGCUAUCAUCUCAGUUCGCAGCCGUCGUCUUCUUACUUGGAGAAGAAUAGACUGAACGAGACGUCAAAAAGCGGUAAACUGGUCGAUUACGACGGCGACUCGAGCGAAGACGAGGACAAGACCAGUCACAGUACCUUGAAAAAGUUCCGGGACGAGCAGGAGCCCCAAAAGUUCUCUGGAAACAACGGUUCGUCCUCACCAAGGUCGUCAAAUAAGUCAAACGGUAACUCCCACGCGUACUCGCCGCGGCGCGCUACCUCGAGAUCGCCCACAAGCAGUAACCACAACAGCAACAAUCACCAUCACAACUACGCGCCCUCGAACGGCAUGGACUCGGUGUCGGCAAACGGCAACGGCAAUCGCAACGGCCGCAGUAGUAGCAGUAAUGGCUCAUCAUCGCGAGGUUCUUCGCCCAAAAAUGUCAUUAACAACGGUAAAGCAGAGCACUCCAAUGGCUCAUCUGAUAAAUCUAAGGAUAAGUGGCACUCGUCGAAGUCGCGAACGAAUUCUCCAGACAGGAAGACUUAUGCAAAGACCUCGGCUGGUCUUAACAAGGGUUGGCAAGUCAGUAAGGAGAGCUCGCCGCCUUCGUCUACCGCUACGGCGAAUGGAUGGUUAGUCUCUGACAAUUUAUCGGAUGAUUCACAUAGCUGUAGCAGUAGAUCAAAUAAUCGUUCAAUGACCCCCAACACAGCAGAUUCGAGAAGUUACAACGGAAAUAAUCGUUCUGAAAGUACAUCUCAUUUACAGAAAACAUCAUUGUAUGGCUAUGGAAACAUGGGGGUGUUAAGUUGGGACGGCGGAAAAGCACGCUUGGACAGGGAAAUCGACUCUGAUCGGCGACAAGAAAUCGUGAAGCGCAGAUAUGAUGACGAUGAUGACGAGUAUGAUCGGGGCCGUACGAAAAAGAUUAAAGUCCAUCACAAUGAUCACAAUAAUCGGGGUAACGAUUCCAGAUACAACCGAUUCCAAGAGUUCGAGAACAACAAGUGGAAGUAUCCCAACAGUAAUAAUAACAAUAAUUACUACCGGUACAAUAAUCAGUCGUACCAUCGACCGCGGCACGGUGGCAAUCACAAUAGGUCGAAUCACAGUCGUCGUUUCAACCACAAUAAAUCGAGAAGUCACUGGCGCAGAUAGGAGAGCACAUUAACGACGACCACGUCGAUGAUGAUUAUGAUAAAAGCCAUGGAGUGAAUCCAGCGCUUUGACCUGUGUUAUACACUCUUUUAUAGUUAAGUUGCGGAGUUUGGUAGUCGAUAACGACGGUGACGACGACGAUAAGAUGAAACGCUAUUAUAGAAGAUAAUGUUUAAGAAUACAAUAUGUAAGGGAUGCAAAACUGAAAGAGAACGAAAAAGUAAAACUCGAGAGGGUAUAGAGCUACGUUAAGCAAAACAAAAGGUCACGUGGCUUUCUACGAGUAUGCGUUGCGUUAAAGAACGAUUGAAAUGCUCGAAAGCCUGUGGAACACUUUGGAUGGAUGAUACGGUUUCGAGCUCCGUUUUACUUGAAUUAUUUUUAAUCUACUGUUCUAUUUUUAUGUAUAAUUUUUCACUGGCAAAUUUAGUUUUCGCUCCCUCUAGGUAAUUAUAUAUAUUUUAACUAGCCAGAAUUGGUAAUGUAAGACACGAAAAGCAAAUUUGUUUUUAACGAUACCUUCAGUUAUUCGUGAACGAUUACCUCGUAAGUAACGAAGAACUUUUGCAUUUUUUGCAUUUAAGUUACGUAUUAGUCUGUAGUAAAUAAGAGUCAGUACGACUUCUUUGAUAUAUAAAUAGUCAGAUAUAACGUAUGUAAAAUAAAACACAAUGUGAAUGAUAUAUUACCUUCUAUUAAAACAUUGAAAAAAAUUUUAUUUACUACAGUAAUUAUCUUAUGAUCUCUGUAAUGGAAUAAUUGCGAAAGUUUAAUAUGUAUUCGCGCUGAUUUUUAGCGGUCUUCAGCGAAAUACUUUAUUGAGUUUAAAGAAGCUACUCUACCGUUGUAACAAAAACACGAAGGACCGUAUGUGUUAAUGAUUCAUUAUUACACAAAUGUUUUCAUUCGUUUUUCUCGUGUGACGACGUACAAGAGAAAAAGAAAAAAAAAAGAUUGAUUUGCUCGCAGCAUUUUGGUAUGUAAUACUUGUGCCGAUAUAUGUACGUACUUUCAUUUGUUCGCGUGAACACGCGGAUGAUAAAAAAAAAAAGAAUAAUAAUAAGAAAAAAAAAAGAAUAAGUAAAUAUUUUAAAACAACAUAGACUGCACUAGUAUAAUAACUCUAGAAAAAUUAACAGUUUUUCAAGUUACAAGUAGUGAAAGAACUUUCAGAAAGAGAAAAAGAAAACGUACGGGAGAACAACAUUUUACAUGGUAUUUUUUUUUACUCAUGAACAAACUUGCGUGCGCGCACUGACAGCGUAAAUUAUUGACAUUAAGUGUUUAGUUUACUCGGAAAUAUAUGAUGAAAAAUCCAGAAAUAAUCGAUAUCGAAAAUGAUGUACAGUUACAGUAACUGUGAGAUAUACAUUUUUUAAAUCCAUGGACUUUCUUUAUUUUAAUGCUGACAAAAGAUGAAUUUUCCUAUACUGCUUUUUCAAUGGUUUUUGCGGCUGAGCCUUUUCAUUCAAGUGUUUAAAAAAUCAAUUUUAACAAACAUCAAGCGGAACUAUUGGAAACACAAAAGACUGCCUAACUUGCAAAAUAAACCCGUCAGUAUUAAAUUUAAAUAUUGUCUUGUUAUUUACUUAAUGUUUUAUCUCUAUGUUUAAAUACCUCAAGACCGUACUAAUGGCUAGCCAAAUGUCUGUAUGACCAAUGUUUUUUUGUAUAUGGCGUUAUAAUGACUUUGAACUUUACAUUAGUGCUUACCUUUACAUGUGGUUCAAUACUAUUCUAUGCAAGAGGAUUCUUACACUCAACUAAGUUUAAUUAUAGGUACGCGAGAGCCUGAUAUGUACGUCAACACAUCGCGGUUCCGUCCUGCGAGAAAGAAUAGAAAAUAAGUAAAGAAAAGCUUGGUAACAUACCGUGGCUUGUCACUAUAUUUAAAUAUAAUGACGAAACUCACCGAGCUACAGUGAUCUUGCAAUGUAAUGAUUCUCUUUUCUUUUCUCUUUCAAGUAUAAAGAUGGUAUUCCAUACCAAAAGUAGAGUACAAUAAGCUUGUCAACUUUCGAUGCAAACGUUGAACAUUAGUCGAUUUCUUUAACAAAAGAAUACUUGUUUGAUAGUAGGAGAGAAAAAGAGCUUACAUAGCUUUUUGGAAAAUUUUGUCACUGACUUUCAAAACUUGUCAAUGCUGUAAAUACUUGACUGUAUGUUAAUGUGAGUUUUGAAUGAUUGAUGAAAACUACAACAUUCUAGUAAACUUUUACUAAACAUGCGUUUUUUGCCUACUUCUAGUGAUAUCUUGGAAAAAAAAAAAAAAAAAAAAAAAAAAAAAAAAUUUAACAAUUAAUCAGCGAUUUUUGUACAUUGAAUUAAAUGAGUAUAAUUUGUGCAAGCAUACUUGAUCGUAAGUUUUAAGUCCUUAAAUUUUGUACAUAGAAAUUUGAAAAAUAGAUAAUCAUUCCUCUAAAAAA